AUGGAACCUGGUGAUACAGUCUGGUGGCAUACCGAUAUGUGUCAUGCGGUCGACCCAGAACACAACGGUGAGGGUGAUGCGAGCGUGGUGUACAUUGCCGCAUGCCCCACUACAAAGACCAAUAAGGACUAUGUCAAGAAGCAGCUUCAGGCUGCGCUGGUGGGAGGAGGGCCACCUGAUAGGGUUGGGCUGAAGCUCAAUGAGUCGGCUUUGAAAGGGUACGAGGGGUUCGAUGAUGUAUCUGAGGAAGGAAAGGUGGUGCUUGGGUUCAACCUGUUAUAA